GCGAAUUUUCACGUCUCUCCAGCAUGGCAGGCCUCAAUCUUGUGCUCUGCAUGAUCUUUCCCCAUAGAAUGUAUUAUGUUACUCCUUCGUUGGUAAUCAGUCAAGUCUAUGCCAACUCCCUCCUUACAAGCCUCCUCAAUCGUACAUUUGUGACGAGGGACAUACGCUGCGCGGACGCGCAAGUAAACACACUAUCAUUCGAGGUCGGCCAAGGCCAUGGCACUUUCAACUCGACUCACACAUCUAUACCGGAUACUGUUGUUGAGACAAGGUUUCCGACAGAGAACAUGGUACGUACGCCCAGGCAGCUUACCGCGUUGAUUCUGAAGGCAACUGCACAUAACCGUGUACUUCGGUGAUAGUAGCUUAAUUGACGCUGUAUGGACGCACGAGAAACGCGCGACACAAUUAAUGCA